AAGCUCGGUUUCCUAGAAUGGUUCAGCUACUAGUUCCACCCAGUAAUGCUAGUGGCGUGGUCUCCUCGGGCGACGCGGCGCAGCUGAAGGGGCGGCUGGCGGCGCUGGGCCGGCAGGCGGGGCUCGUCGUCAACAUGACGCCCGGCGGCGCCAACACGCUGCUCUACAUAGCUGCAGAACUAGGCAACGCACAAGCGGUCUCCUACCUCCUGGCGGACGGCGCCGACGGCCGAGCGCACCCGAUCACGAACUACUGCCCCCUGUAUAUAGCGUGCUACAGGGGGCACGUGGAUGUCGCCGCCUUGCUGCUGGCUUACUUUCCUACUGCCGCUCAGCAAGAGACAGUAGAAAAAUGGCUGCCGCUCCACGCCGCCUGCAUCGGCGGACAUCCGUCCAUAGUCAACCUGCUGUUAAACUACUCCUAUCCUGAGUCUAUGCUAAAUACUUAUAAGUGA